CCACCACCUGCUCUCCAAACACGCCUUACCCGAGCGGCACUCCUGCGAGGAAUCAAGGUGACUCCGCCUCAUCAAUUACAUAUACAUCCUUCCUGCCUUGCGCUGUCUCAAAUAUGGCCUGUCUUAUUGUGUUCCUGGGCUCUUGAUUUUGUCCUAACGCCGUGUCUUUGUUUUUUGCAUCUGCUUCGACCUCUCUCGUUUCGUCUAUCGUUCAGCCUUCGAGCAUAUACCGAGUCCAGCAAAUCUAAAAGACCAACAUCACCAAGCGCCGAGCAUACUGAACAUACUCUGCGUCGCCACAGCAUGUUUUUAUAGAAAGAGCUCACACUGCAUCGCAUAAGAAAGAGAUCUAGAAAAAGGCGGAGAAGAAAGCAGGAAUUCUUCUGCAUAAACAAAACCACCCGCAGUCUUCCUAUCAUGGUUCUCCCGCUCUCCCUUCCAACGAUCGUCGUCUCCCUGUCCCUCUUCCUUCUCCAAGGACUGUGUCAGGAUCCCUCUACAGUCACAGUGAUCGGUACUACCAUUACUCAGACCUUCACCGCAGCCGCCUCCACCACGCCGCUCUCCCCUCAAUACACCGACUCGCUUACCUUCCGAGAGUCGAUCCUCAACUCGACCAACUUCUAUCGGUACGAACACUCGGCCGGAUACAUCUACUGGAACGAGACUCUUGCAUCGUAUGCUCAAGAGUACUCCCAAAAUUGCGUGUGGGCACAUUCGCACGGUCCGUAUGGGGAGAACCUCGCCCGAGGAUACCCGGACGUGAUCUCGGCAGUCGACGCCUGGGGAAAUGAACGGGCGCUGUAUAAUUUCUCCAACUCCGACCCGACCGGCUUUACUGAGGCGACGGGCCAUUUCACCCAGUUAGUAUGGCAGGGCACGCAAGCUACAGGAUGCGGUUGGACGGAUUGUAACGGCAAGAACGGUCUGGACGGCGUGUACUUGGUGUGCGAGUACUGGCCGCCGGGCAAUAUCGUCGGCGAAAACAACCUGUUCUUUAAAGCAAAUGUUGACUCUGAACGGAGCAGCGGAGACAGCGGCUUCGAUGAGCUGAGUGCAACAAUGGGUGCAACGGGCGGGACGCCAACCUCGACGGGCUCAGCGUUGAAUCCCCCCGCGGCAACGGCGAGCAGUACGGGCGAGUCGAUUGGGGCGCCCAUGGUGGAGAUGGAUAGGCGCGGCUUGCUUGUGACCGUGUGUGUGACGGUGGCCGCGGUGCUGUUCGGAUUGGGCAUGUCCUGACGGGUUUUCGUGUUCCUUUCUGUGUUGUCGACAACAUCUUCACAAACGGUGGAAUAGAGACGACAGCACUGGAUCAACACAGAAUCUGGAGUCCGUAGCAUCCGAGCGAGGUACAGGUAUAGAGCACUGCACUUCGAGUCAUGAUUGAACGACAAGGUAAAUGAGCUGUGGAUUCCUGUAUAUACGAGAAACGCAUCUUAUACCACCUGUUAAAUACAAUUAAUUCCGCUAUGAUAUAUUGACAUCGAAUAA